AGCCGAGAAAACAGAAGUCCUCAGUGAAGAUCUGCUACAGAUCGAGCGGCGCCUGGAUGCGGUCCGGUCAGUGUGCCACCAUUCCCACAAGCGUCUGAUCGCGUGCUUCCAGGGCCAGCACGGCACCGACGCGGAGAGGAGACACAAAAAACUCCCCCUGACAGCACUUGCUCAGAAUAUGCAAGAAGCCUCAACUCAGCUGGAAGAAUCUCUCCUGGGGAAGAUGCUGGAGACGUGCGGAGAUGCCGAGAAUCAGCUGGCUCUGGAGCUCUCUCAGCAUGAAGUCGUGGUUGAGAAGGAGAUUGUGGACCCGCUCUACAGCAUAGCGGAGGUGGAGAUUCCCAACAUCCAGAAGCAGAGGAAGCAGCUUGCCAGAUUGGUGCUGGAUUGGGAUUCGGUCAGAGCUAGGUGGAACCAAGCACACAAGUCUUCAGGCGCCAACUUCCAGGGGCUUCCGUCAAAAAUAGAUACCCUAAAGGAAGAGAUGGAUGAAGCUGGAAAUAAAGUAGAGCAGUGCAAGGAUCAGCUCGCGGCAGACAUGUACAACUUCAUGGCCAAAGAAGGAGAGUACGGCAAGUUCUUUGUUACGUUAUUAGAAGCCCAAGCAGAUUACCAUAGAAAAGCAUUAGCAGUCUUAGAAAAGGCCCUUCCCGAAAUGCGAGCCCAUCAAGAUAAGUGGGCGGAGAAGCCAGCCUUCGGGACACCUUUGGAAGAACACCUGAAGCGGAGCGGCCGGGAGAUCGCGCUUCCCAUUGAGGCCUGCGUCAUGCUGCUGCUGGAGACCGGCAUGAAGGAGGAGGGCCUUUUCCGAAUUGGGGCUGGUGCAUCCAAGUUAAAGAAGCUGAAAGCUGCCUUAGACUGCUCCACGUCUCACUUGGAUGAGUUCUAUUCUGACCCCCAUGCUGUGGCAGGUGCUUUGAAGUCCUAUUUACGGGAAUUGCCUGAACCUCUGAUGACGUUUAACCUGUAUGAAGAAUGGACACAAGUUGCAAGUGUGCAAGAUCAAGACAAAAAACUUCAAGAUUUAUGGAGAACCUGCCAGAAGUUGCCUCCACACAAUUUUGUUAACUUUAGGUAUUUAAUCAAGUUCCUUGCGAAGCUCGCUCAGACCAGUGACGUUAAUAAAAUGACUCCCAGCAACAUUGCAAUCGUGUUAGGCCCUAACUUGUUAUGGGCCAAAAAUGAAGGAACCCUCGCUGAGAUCGCAGCAGCCACCUCAGUCCACGUGGUUGCGGUGAUUGAGCCCAUCAUUCAGCACGCCGAUUGGUUCUUCCCCGAAGAGGUGGAGUUUAACGUAUCCGAAGCGUUUGUACCUCUUGGUACUCCGAAUUCUAACCACUCAUCCCACACUGGAAAUGACUUUGACUCGGGGACCCAGGAGAGGAAGCGGCCUGUCAGCAUGGCGGUGAUGGAAGGAGACCUGGUGAAGAAGGAGAGCUUCGGUGUGAAGCUUGUGGACUUCCAGGCGCACCGGCGGGGCGGCACUCUAAAUAGAAAGCACAUAUCCCCAGCUUUCCAGCCACCGCUCCCGCCUACGGAUGGCAGCGCCGUGGCUCCAGCAGGCCCAGAGCCCCCUGCCCAGAGCUCUCGGGCUGACAGCAGCUCAGGGGGUGGGACUGUCCCCUCCUCCGCAGGCACAUUGGAGCAAGGGCCGAGCCCGGGUGACAGCAGUCCUCCAAAACCCAAGGACUCGGUGUCUGCAGCUGUCCCUGCAUCAGGGAGAAGCAGCAGUCAGGUGACCACCGGCCAGAACCCGGCCCAGCCCGGUGCCGGCUCCCAUCAGCUCUCCGUUGGCCCAGCCCACGGCACCGCCGACCCGAGCCCUCACACGCUGCGCCGGGCUGUUAAGAAGCCUGCUCCAGCACCCCCGAAGCCAGGAAACCCGCCUCCUGGCCAUCCCGGGGGCCAGAGUUCCCCAGGAGCAUCUCAGCUUCCACCAAGUGUGUCACCAAAGCCAGCCACUCGCAGUCCUUCUCCUCCCCCGCAGCACACCGGCCAGGUGCCAGGCCCGCUGCCCGCCGCCGCCCAGCCCUCUGCCCCCCGGAGGUACUCCAGCAGCCUGUCUCCAAUCCAAGCACCCAGUCACCCGCCGCCACAGCCCCCCACCCAGGCCACACCGCAGGGGCACACCAGGCUGGGCAGCCAGGGCAGCCCCUCCUCUGGGGCUCUGCCUGGUGAGCAAGGACUUGAGCAGCCGUCUCAGACCCCUCCCCAGACUCCAACGCCCCCCAGCACCCCACCUCUGGGGAAGCAGAACCUCAGCCUGCCGGGAUCCCAGACGCAGGCAGUGAGUAACCCUGAGACUGCACAGCCACAUGCUGGAACGCUGCCGAGACCCAGACCAGUACCAAAGCCACGGAACCGACCCAGUGUGCCUCCGCCCCCUCACCCUCCCGGCGCACACCCCGCUGGGGGCAGCAGCCUCACCAGUGCGGCUCUGACGGCUUCCAAAGUAGUGACAGACACCAAUUCUAGGGCCUCAGAACCGCUUCGCAGCAUCUUCCCUGAAGUACACUCGGACUCAGCAAGCAAAGACGUGCCUGGCCACAUUCUGCUGGAUAUAGACACCGACACGGAGAGCACCGCCUUGUGAAGAGAGCCGCCUCCCGGCCCGUGGCCCCGGCCACCCCGGUGCCUGGAGUUGGCGGGCGACCUUCUGUCUUUGCAGACCAAACAGCGACAAGCUUUCGGUGGAGAAGGCCUCACCACGGAGGACUCAGACCCUGCACAGCCCAGGGAGAACGUGGAGGCCAGCACUUACAGCUGAAUGACCUGUGUCUUGAAGAAGUUGGCUUUCUUCACGUAGGAAAGAAAUCGUGCCCCCAGCAUCAGAAACCUCGAAAUACCUAAGGCGAGAAGAGUACUACUGCGGAGAAGUGUGCGGGAGCUUUUGCCACUGCUGUGCACGCGGGCAGCACCAGCAGCAGCUUGGAAGGGACGAGAGCCGGCGCCUUGACCCUAUUUAAUAAGACCAUCCGCACCAGUCACCGGCCCGCCCCGCACGCUUACAGGCUGCAGGGCCGCUCGCUGUCAGGUGCGGUCCUCUCCCCCCAGUCCCCCAGCCACGCGCGGUGAGGCUGACUGCUGGACCUGUCACUCACCAAGCUGGACGUGACUGUGCCUUGUUGGAUUGCCAGAAUGUAGACAGAAACGUACUGUUGUUUUUUAAGAAAGGAAAAAAAAAAAAAAAAAACAACAAUGUAAUUGCUACUUGAUAAGGACCGAACAUUAUUCUAGUUUCAUGUUUAAUUUGAAUUAAAUAUAUUCUGUGGUUUAUAUGAAAA